CGCGGAAUCUCCCCCUCUUACAGAAAAAAAUAAGUUCCAAGUCUCAACUUGGGGUACGUCACAUGACCCCUUUCGCCAAGACCUUCAGUUUUCCGAACUACAAGUUCUCGUUGCACUGGUGGCUGCACUGCUAGGAUGCGAGGUUAGGUUUGAAGGCUGAACUGUUCUGCUUGUUUUCAGUGAAGUGUUUUUCCUUGUAGGGGCACGUUGCCUUGAAAAAUAGCGACGCUGAGAUAGUGCCACAAUGAAGGGCACGGAAGGUUUCUUGAGGCUGUUCCUCUUGGCCCUUUCUUCUUUAUCUUUGGUAGUUGCUUACAAGCCAGUAGUGUUGAUUCAUGGAGUAAUGACUGGGAAAUUAUCCAUGAUCCCAAUCGCUGAGCGGAUUGCCCAGCUUCACCCAGGCACUUCUGUCUACAUAACUGACCGCUUUUCUGGCUGGUCUAGUCUCGAACCAAUGUGGCGCCAGGUGGAUGAGAUGGGUGCUGACUUGCUGUCUAUAUCUGCCGAUCAUCCAGAAGGAGUUAAUCUUAUAGGUUACUCUCAGGGAGGUUUGCUAUCGAGAGCAAUUCUCGGAAAGUUUCCUGAACACAAUGUCCAUACCUUUAUAUCCCUGAGCUCUCCUCAAGGGGGACAGUAUGGGACCAAGUUUCUUCACCUCUUCUUUCCCAAUCUUACGUGUCGCAAUGCUUACGAAUUAUUCUAUUCGUAUGUAGGGCAGCAUACCUCUGUCGGCAAUUAUUGGAAUGACCCACACCAUCAGGAGCUCUUUUUCAAAUACAGCCAAUUUCUACCUUACAUCAACAAUCAGCUCCAAUCGAACUCAAGUAGGGACUACAAGAAAGGUUUUACUAAACUAAAAAAACUAGUCCUUGUUGGCGGACCAGAUGACGGAGUUAUAACACCUUGGCAGUCAAGUCAAUUUGGUUACUACAAUGAUAACGAGGAAGUUUUUGGAAUGCGAGAAAACCCUCUGUAUAAAAAUGACAGUUUUGGUCUUCAAACUUUAGACAAAGCUGGCAAGGUAACUCUUCUCUCAUUUGAUGGAAUGGAUCACUAUUCUUGGCAUAUCAAUACUUCUUUCAUAGAUACUCAUAUAGUACCACUGUUAGACUAGUAAUGCAAAUGAGUGUAGGCUAAAUUGUGUUCCGUUUGUAAUAUUUAUGCAACCUGGAUUGCUUGUGCCAAAGUUUGUAAUAUUUUUAAUAGCUCUUUUAUUUCUGAAGUGUGUGGUAGGAAUAGAUGCUUUUUAUCUACUUUCCUUCACAAGUCAUGAACUCUUUUGUUCUAUUAAUGUUGUAUGUUUUUAUUUUCUAAUGGUAUUUUUUGUAAAUGAAUUGUUACUAUUUUUAAUCUUAUACCUAAGACAACUUUUCAAUUUUUGCUGAAUAUUGGCAUUGUUUGAUUGGAACUACUUUCUAGUCAAUUAAAUUUUCACUAUGUAAGGAGUUUAGGGGUUGAUAAAUCCUGCUCAAUUUUGUUCAGCCUCUGGAAUGUGGACUUUAGUGACCUAACUAUGUGGGCAUGAUCAUUUAUUCCAUUAUUCUGAGUGCAGUAGGAAUGUGCAUCCCUGUAUGUAGUACAAUUUGUGGCAUUCCCUCUUUGUUGCUCUCUUCCUGUUGCUGCUCCCAACUGUGAUGUAACUAAGUGUAAUGUCGCUAGAGAUUGGGAUCUGACUGUCGGUCUGACUGAAUAAAACUUUUAUUUUUUGAUGACA